AUGGGAGACAAAAAACAGCUUAAUGAGAGGUCAGAAAUAUGGAAUCAUUCCACUAGGAUACUUGAUGGAGAAAGAUCAAAAUGUAAUUAUUGUCAGAGAACAUUUAAGGCUGAUACUAAUAGUGGAACUUCUAGCAUGUGGAAGCAUUUAAAAAUUUGUUAUGCAUAUAAGAGCACUACGUUUGAUGACAACCAAGCAAUACUCACUCGAGAAAACAAUGAUGGUGGUAUUACGGCAAUGAUAUUUAAUAAAGAAAACUGUAGGAAAGCAUUCGUUAAGAUGAUUAUUAUUGAUGAAUUGGCAUUUUUCUUUGUGGAAGGUGUGGGUUUUAAAGAAUUUGUUCAUCAACUUUGUCCUAGAUUUGAGGUUCCUUGUCGAAAAACGAUUGCUAGAGAUGUGCUACAUCUCUACCAUGAAACAAAGGAAUCAUUGAGGAUUAAAUUUAUUAAUGAUAGACAAAGGAUUUCUUUAACCACUGAUUGUUGGACAUCAAUUCAAAACAUCAAUUAUAUGGUAGUCACAACACAUUUUAUUGAUAGAAGUUGGAAAUUGCAUAAGAGGAUAUUGACUUUUUCUGUUGUUCCAAAUCACAAAGGGGAGACAAUUGGGAAGCUUAUUGAAAAUUGUUUGCUUGAUUGGGGAAUAGAACGUGUGGGUACAAUUACUGUAGACAAUGCAGGUACAAAUGAUGCAGCGAUCAUUUAUGUGAAAAAUAAGUUGAAGAAUUGGAAACCUGAUGAUACUAUGAUUUUAGGUGGCUCUUAUUUGCAUGUACGUUGUUCAGCACACAUAGUCAAUUUGAUUGUUAAAGAAGGGUUGAAAGAGUUUAAUCCAUCUAUAGAAAGUAUUCGCAAUGCGGUCAAAUAUUUUCGAUCAUCUCUUUCUCGAUUGAUGAAAUUUAAGUGUUGUAUUGAAAGGGAAAAGAUUGCAUGCAAAAAACUUCAUGUUUUAGAUGUUUCUACAAGAUGGAAUUCAACAUUCUUAAUGUUGGAUAGUGCAUUGAAUUUUGAAAAAGCUUUUUUUAGAAUGGAGGAAGAGGAUGGAUUUUAUUAUAAAUAUUUUGACGAGAAUGAAGGUGGAAAAGAAAAAGAGGGGCCGCCUACGAGUUAUGACUGGGAGAAAGCUAGAAAAUUUGCCAAGUUUCUAAGAACCUUUUAUGAUGUCACAUUGAAGUUUAGUGCUUCAUUGAAUGUUACUUCCAAUAUUUACUUCCAAGAAGUGUGUAAAAUUGAGCAAAUUUUGAAAAAAAUAGGUGACGAACAAGAUUAUUUGCUAAGUAGCAUAGCAAACAACAUGAAGAUUAAGUUUGACAAGUAUUGGGGUAAUGUUGAUAAAAUGAACAAGAUUUUGAUUGUAGCAGUUGUGCUUGAUCCUCGUUAUAAGUUGGAGUUUGUUGUACAUUGUAUUGGUAUCUUGUAUGACUCUGUUAAGGUUGAAGCCACAAAAACUGAGGUCAUGAAAAUAUUGUAUGCUUUGUAUAACCAGUACAAGGGAUGUCAUCGUUCAAAGAAUGGAGCUAGUGGAAGUGGAAGUGGUGGCAAUGAAUAUAAUGAUGGAGUCACUUUGUUGGAGGUUGCAAGGGAUGUUCUUGCCAUUCCUGUAUCUACGGUGGCUUCUGAGUCAGCAUUUAGUACUGGAGGGCGCAAUCUUGACCCAUUUAGGAGUUCUUUAACUCCUAAAACAGUUGAGGCCUUGAUUUGUACACAAAACCGGCUAAUGGAAGAAUCUAGACUUUUGAGAGUUUCCGAAGAUAGAAUUUGCAUUGAAGAGACAGAAUUCUAUGAGAGCAUUGAGACAGAGUUUCUUCGUAUGGCAACUCAAGAAAUUGAUGAUUAA